CUACCCGUGUUCGCCGCCGCCGCCUCCUCCCUUCGUCCUCAGCCUUUCCUAGGGUUUCCUACCGGCCCCGCUCCGCGGCCGGCGGCGGCGUCGGCGAGACCCGCCCGCCCUCCCGCCUCUUCCUCGGUCGCAGCCGCGCCGCCCUCUCCCCGCCGAGCUAGCAAUGGCAGGGCAAGCAGGGAACCCAGCAAACCAUCAUAUAAGUCCCCACGUGAUAAGUAGCGCUUUUGUUCAGCAAUAUUACAACAUUCUACAUGAGCAACCAGAUCAAGUGCACAAGUUUUACCAAGAAUCAAGUAUACUUGGUCGACCAGAGUCCAAUGGAACCAUGGUGGAUGUAACCACCCUUGGUAACAUCAAUGAAAAAAUUAUGUCUAUGGACUUCAGGAACUGCUUAACAGAGAUAGAGACGGCGGAUGCGCAGUUAUCUCACAGGGAUGGGGUGCUCAUUGUUGUUACUGGAUCCUUGACUUCAGAUGAAGGUGUCUGCCGUAGGUUUACCCAGUCGUUCUUCCUAGCUCCGCAAGAAGCUGGUGGCUAUUUUGUUCUCAACGAUGUGUUCAGGUUUAUAUCAGAAAGGAAACCUGCUGAGAUUAACCAAGUUGGUACUCAAGAAAAUGGAAGUGGUCAGAAUGGUAUGUCUGCAUCUGAAACAUGUUCAGCAUUACCAGAACCUACAGCUGAACCAGAACCUACUCCAGCUGACAGGAGUGUGAUGUCGGACCAUGUGACAGCUGAGAGUAUUGUCACGGAGAGGCAAAUUAGCAAUCCCUCUGUUAAUGGAACUGCUGUUGAAAAUAAUGUUAAUGUUGAGCCACCUGUGCAAGUGGUCAAAGAGGAUCCCAAAAAGGCCCCAGUCGCUGCUUCUCCCCCUCCUGCUCCAACUCAGACAGAUGUUACUAAGAAAUCUUAUGCAUCCAUUGUGAAGGACAUGAAGGAGGGCCCACUGACUCUACCAGUUGCCAAAACAACUCCAUCAGUUGCCAAACAAAAGCCAGCUCCUAAGCCAGUGCCCAAGGCUGUCGAAGGUCUGGAAAAACCCUCUGCGAAACCUGCCCAGGCUAAUGAAACCAAUGAUAUAAUUGUUACCCAAAACAACUCUUCUCGCAAUGAGCAAGGCUAUUCAAUUUUUGUCAAGAAUUUGCCUUUCAGUGCUAAUGUUGAAAUAGUCGAGGAGGAAUUUAAGAAAUUUGGCGCUAUAAAGCCAGGUGGCGUCCAAGUCCGGCACAAUAAGACUGAUCGUUUUGUCUUUGGCUUUGUCGAGUAUGAGUCCCAGCAGUCUAUGCAAGCAGCAAUUGAGGCAUCUCCAAUUCAUAUGGAGGAGAAAGAAGUCUGUAUUGAGGCGAAAAGGACAAAUUCACGAGGUGGCCGUUUCCAAUCUGGCAGGGGAGUGUUCCAUGGCGAUAACUUCAGGGGACGUGGCGGCGGCUAUAUGGACAAUGCAAGCUAUAGAGGUGGUGACAACUUCAACCGCAGGAAUGAUGGUGAGAACUACAACCGCAGGAAUGAAGGCGAGAGCUACAACCGCAGGAACGAAGGGGAGAUCUACAACCGCAGGAACGAUGGGGAGAACUACAACCGCAGGAACGAUGGGGACAACUACAACCGCAGGAAUGAUGGCGAUAACUACAACCGCAGGAAUGACGGCGAGAACUACAACAGAAGGAAUGAUGGCGGAGAGAACUUCAACCGCAGGAAUGACGGCGGAGAGAACUUCAACCGCAGGAAUGAUGGUGGAGAGAACUUCAACCGCAGAAACGACGGUGGUGAGAACUUCAACCGCAGGAACAACUUCAGAAAUCAGAAUGAGUUCUCUGGUCGCGGACGGGGGCCUCCUCCACCAGGUAAUGGUUAUCACCAGAACGGGAAUGGUAUCCACCCAGCUCGACCCUUCCAGAAUGGGAACGGGAGGUUUGGCCGCGUCAAUGGCCCUAAGCAAUCAGCAGUUGCUGCGUAGAGGCAUAUCAGGUAUCAAAGUAGGAAGCUUAAGGCUACAUUCAAGUGAGUGUAAGGAUUAUUUAUAGUAGGAGCAUUGCUGAUCAGACGGCAUUUGGUGGGCAUAUCAAAUUCUUUUGUACUUUGUUGGGUCGCAACAAGUUUAGUAGUGGCAAUCGUCUAUUGGUAUUAGGUGAAUUUUGUUGCCGUUGACAAUGCUUGUCAGCUGGUUGUUGGACUGGUGGUCCGUAGAUCAUGUCAUCUGCCUACCAGGAUUCGGAGAUUGGACUCUAAUCUUAUGAGGUGGCGCAUGCAGAAAUGUGUCCAUGUUUACUGC